AUGACGACUCCCUCCGCACCCCUUCCCCGGUCCGUUCUCGGACGCCAUCGCCUUCUCGCCCCCUCGGCCAGCGUCCAUGUCAGUCCCCUGUGCCUGGGAGGGAUGAAUUUUGGCGAUGCCUGGUCCAACGUCAUGGGCGAGUGCACCAAGGAAACGGCGUUCGAGAUAUUGGACCACUUCUACGAGAUGGGUGGCAAUUUUAUUGACACGGCGAACAACUACCAAGCCGAACAAUCCGAGACCUGGAUCGGCGAGUGGCUCGCCCUCCAUGGUCCAUACAGGCGAGACGAGAUGGUCCUUGCGACAAAGUAUUCCUCGGGAUACAAGGUCUUCUCGGAGCCUCAGCUCCAACAAUCAAACUUUGGCGCCAACAGCACCAAGUCCCUGGCACUGAGUGUCGAGGCAUCCCUUAAAAAAUUGCAGACGACUUACAUUGACUUGUUAUAUGUACACUACUGGGACUUCACGACAGGCGUGGAAGAGAUGAUGCAGUCGCUCAAUCAUCUAGUGCAGCAGGGCAAAGUGCUGUAUUUGGGCAUAAGCGAUACGCCGGCGUGGGUGGUGGCGAAAGCAAACGCAUACGCACGACACCACGGUUUGAGGCCGUUCAGCGUCUACCAGGGGAGGUGGUCAGCCGCGGAACGGGACUUCGAGAGGGACAUCAUCCCCAUGUGUCGGGACGAGGGGAUGGGGCUUGCGCCCUGGGGAGCACUGGGCGGCGGCUACUUCAAGCCCUCGCGGCCGACCGAGGAACAGCAGCAGGGCGGCGGCCGCAACAUGGCGUCGGUGCGGACGGGCAAGGAAGCCCAAGUGUCGGUGGUGCUUGAGAAAGUCGCGAAUGCACGCAACCCCCCAGUUCCCUUAACCUCGAUCGCCCUCGCGUACGUCAUGCAUAAGACGCCCUACGUGACGCCCAUCGUGGGCGGUCGCAAGCUGUCGCACCUCCGCCAGAACAUCGAGGCGCUGACCAUCCGUCUGACGGCCGCGGAAAUCGACGAGAUCGAGUCCGCGUACCCGUUCGACGUCGGCUUCCCCAUGAACUUCAUCGCGGGGAAUAAUCCCAAGGGCCCACGCGGGCCGGAGGACAUUUCCUUGACGAAGAGGAUGGGGCAUUUUGAUUUCGUCAAGGGGUUGGAGCCGAUCUUGCCUCCGGCCGGAGUGGAAAAGUUGAGUGAGGCCGAGAGGGCGAAGGUGUUGGGUUAUAGACUGUCCUGA